AUGUGUGUGCGCAGAAACACCGAAGACUUUAAAGACAGAUAUUCCAUUGACCACAAUACAGAAGACAGAUACUUCACUAUUGAUGCAAACACUGGAACCAUUAAGACUGCCAAGGUCUUUGACAGAGAAGAAACUCCUUGGUACAAUAUCACAGUCGCUGCUUCUGAAAUUGACAGCCCUGGGCUCUUGAGCCAUGUCCCUGUUGAAAUUAAAAUCCUCGAUGUUAAUGACAACCCUCCGGAGCUUGCCAGGGACUAUGAUGUUAUUGUCUGUGAGAAUGCAAAGCCCAACCAG